AUGAGUACAUUAUUGGCCGCCCUUCUAUUGCUCUUUGUGGCUCUUGCCGCCACGGCUGCUUUGGAAGAUUCGAAGCUGCCCGAAGACAGAGCCGCCAAUGCAACCGGCAUCGAGUCCAGUGGGAAUAACACCACCCACAAGGAGGAUACCUUCGCUGAUAUGAUCGAUCGCGCUCUUGAGAAGGAGUUCACGGAGAAUGAGGAUCAGAACCAAGCAAAUGAUGCUGGGAGCUUCAACAAUAGUGUUGCUGAGCAGCAGGCUGUCUUGGAAACUGUAGCUAGAAUGAAGUCUAAGAAAAAUGAGACAAAGGAGGAAAAGUCCUUUAAACUUCAUCAAGUCUUCAAUCUGGACAAUGACAAUGGGGCCGAAGAGAUUCCGACAUUAAUUGAUAGAAAGGAUAAUGUGUUUAUUAUAUCAAAUUUCAAAUCCAAAUACCCAGUGCUGCAGUUAGACUUGAGGCUCAUAUCGGAUCUGGUUGUUGUUAUUGUCUCUGCAACAUGUGGUGGUAUUGCGUUUGCUUGUGCUGGACAACCGGUUAUUACCGGAUACUUACUAGCAGGAUCAGUUGUAGGACCUGGAGGUUUUAAUGUUAUCAGUGAAAUGGUGCAAGUUGAAACAGUAGCUCAGUUCGGAGUGAUUUUCCUGCUCUUUGCGCUGGGCCUGGAAUUCUCCACAACAAAGCUUAGAGUUGUUCGUGCAGUUGCUGUUCUUGGAGGGUUACUCCAAAUUCUCCUUUUUAUGUGUUUGUGUGGAAUUAUAGCUUCGUUAUGUGGUGGUAGAUCUUCUGAGGGUGUAUUUGUUGGUGCCUUCCUCUCAAUGUCCUCUACAGCAGUGGUAUACAAGUUUUUGAUGGAGAAGAACAGUACUAAUGCGCUUCAUGGUCAGGUGACUAUUGGCACUCUGAUUUUACAGGACUGUGCUGUGGGGCUAUUGUUUGCUCUACUUCCAGUUCUGGGUGGAACUUCUGGUAUUAUGCAAGGCGUAAUGUCCAUGACAAAAUCGUUGGUGGUGUUGAUUGCUUUCUUGGCAGUAUUAACGAUAUUGUCACGCACAUGUGUACCCUGGUGCCUAAAACUUAUGAUAAGCUUGUCAUCCCAGACUAAUGAGCUUUAUCAAUUGGCGUCAGUAGCUUUUUGCUUACUCGUAGCCUGGUGUAGUGACAAGCUCGGUCUUAGUUUAGAGUUGGGUUCAUUUGCUGCUGGAGUUAUGAUAGCAACGACUGAUCUUGCUCAACACACGCUUGAACAAGUUGAACCUAUUCGCAACAUGUUUGCAGCUCUCUUUUUGGCUAGCAUUGGGAUGCUGAUCCAUGUUCAUUUUCUGUGGAACCAUGUUGAUAUCUUGCUUGCAUCAGUUAUAUUAGUGGUUGUCGUUAAGACACUUGUAAUUUCUGGAGUUGUCAAGGGCUUCGGCUACAACAAUAAAACUUCACUUCUUGUUGGAAUGUCUUUGGCACAAAUAGGGGAAUUUGCCUUUGUACUGCUUAGUCGUGCCUCAAAUCUUCAUCUUGUUGAGGGGAAAGUGUACCUGCUACUUCUUGGAACGACAGCUCUCAGUCUGGUAACCACCCCAUUGCUUUUCAAGUUAAUACCAGCAGUUUUGCACCUUGGCAUAUUGUUACGUUGGUUCUCGCCCGACAUUCCAACUGAGCUUGGAUUUAAAGGAGAUGGUCUGAGAUCGGAGAGUACUAAGCAGAGAAUCGGUUUGAUAUCCAAGGAUCUUUUGAUACACGAAGGAUGA